AUGAUUCAAUUUGUUGAGAAAUCUAAUGCUUCUAUUGGCUGAUUUAUGCUCAAUAAUUUUAAAUUAAUUGCAAUCUAUCUAAACUUUAAGAUUUUAUUAUAUACCAGAUUCACCAAUCCUAUUUUGAAAGGUUUUUACUAUGGCUCGAAGUAUUUUAAACAAUAUUCAAUUCCUCGUGAACUGCAUUGGAAUUUCCAGGCAAUUGACUGUGAGUGUAAAAUUCUUGCAGCUUUAGUGUAA